AUGGCGUUGAGGAGAUUCUACAGCGAGAUCAAAGGGUUGAAGGUGAAGGAAUUGCCCAGCUAUGUGAAGCCGAUGCUGUCCGUCGACUACGCGAAGAAGACGGUGCAGAGAGGCUUGGACAAUUACCACGCCAAGUACAUCCAGACCAGCUCCGUCGAUCCUCUCUUCCAUGUCUGCUUCGGGGGCAUGAUCUUUUCCUACCUCGUCGCUCUUCCUGAGGAGCGUCGCCACCUCGAGCACCAGCAGCACGCCAAGGAGCAUGGCCAUUGA